AUGGCUCCAUCUACGAACGCCGAUGAGGCAGCAACUGUACUUUCUACUGCUCUUUCUACCGCUCAUAGCGACCUUGAAACCCCUACCGACCUUAAUCCAUCUGAUACCAGCAGAGAGGUGACUGUAGACACCUCGUCAUCAGUCGACUACACUGGCUACGAAGGCAUUAACUGGAGUCGCCUUCCAGGCUAUCAUAUACGUAAACAUAGAAGAAGGCCUCGUACGGGCUGGGUGUGGGAUUAUGGAUACGAUAUCGAAAAAGAUGGCUCCGGUGACCGCUUCUGGCUCUGUAAAAAGUGCCACCAGAAGAAAGCCACAAUCAUACAUGGGCACAUUUAUCAUGAUAAAUCGUGA